AUGGUAUCAAGACUCUUCAAAGACUUUUCUCAUCAAUUCUUCUUCGGUAAAGAUAGUUGAGGAAGAUUAAAAGUAGCCCUGCAACAGCAGCAAUGGAGUCCAGAGUUCAUGUGUCCCUUCUCGUUGUCUUUCUCUUCGCUCUCGUCUCAGGAGGCUUGUCAAUUACCUUCACCUUAAAAAACAACUGUGGUUACACAGUCUGGCCAGGAACAUUAACAACAAUUACCAACGCCCAACUUUCUUCAACGGGCUUCCAGGUGCCCUCUGGAGCUUCAUAUUCCAUAGAUGCCUCAGCUGGAUGGUCCGGCAGGUUCUGGGCUCGAACUAAUUGCUCAUCUUCAAAUGGAAGUUUUAAAUGUGAAACCGCAGACUGUGGCUCCAGUAAGGUUGCAUGCAAUGGGGCAGGAGCGAUUCCACCGGCCACCUUGGCAGAAUUCACACUAGGCAGCCAGGAUUACUAUGAUAUCAGCCUUGUUGAUGGAUUUAACUUGCCUAUCUCCGUGACUCCACAAGGUGGAACUGGUAGCUGCCAAUCGGUGGAAUGUUCAGGCAAUGUGAACUCGGUUUGCCCGGCCGAGUUGAGUGUGGAUGGGUCUGAGAGAGAGAGAGAGAGAGAGAGAGAGAGAGAGAGAGAGAGAGAUCCAAUCCAACACGCUUUAUCAAAGACUUUCUCUCAUCCCCUUAUUAUUUCUUCAAAAGACUUUUCUCAGUAUUACUUCCUCGCUCAACAAAGAGUAGAUCUUUAUUUAUUUAUACGUACCUUAGUAGCUCCAUCUAUAAAUAGCCACCAUGAGAUAAGGAAGAUUAUAAACUAGCCCUUCAAACACAAGCAGCAGAAAUGGAGUCUAGAGUUCAUAUGUCCCUUCUCGUUGUCCUUCUCUUUGCACUUGUCUCAGGAGGCUUGUCAGUUACCUUCACGUUCAAAAAAAAGUGUGGGUAUACAGUCUGGCCAGGGACAUUAGCGGGAUCUAACAGUGCACAACUUUCUUCAACUGGUUUCGAAUUGGCCUCUGGAGCUUCAAAUUCAAUAAAAGCCUCUUCUGGAUGGUCCGGCAGGUUCUGGGGUCGAACAUAUUGCUCAUCUUCAACUGGAACUUUUAAAUGUCAAACCGCAGACUGUGGCUCCGGUAAAGUUGCAUGCAAUGGGGCAGGAGCGACUCCACCUGCCACCUUGGCAGAAUUCACUAUAGGGAGUAAUAGUUCAAACCAGGAAUACUAUGAUAUCAGCCUUGUUGAUGGAUUUAACUUGCCACUUUCGGUGACUCCACAAGGUGGAACUGGUAGUUGCCAAACAGUGGGAUGUUCAGCUAAUAUCAACUCGGUUUGCCCAUCCGUGUUGAGUGUGAAGGGGUCUGAUGGAAGUACGAUUGCUUGCAAAAGUGCGUGCGAUGCAUUUGGAAGUGCUCAGUAUUGUUGCACUGGUGCCUAUAAUACGUCUAAGACUUGCCCACCCACCAACUACUCCAAAAUCUUUAAGAACCCGUGUCCUCAAGCCUACAGCUAUGCAUAUGAUGAUCAGACAAGCACAUUCACAUGCACCGGUGCUAAUUACCUCAUCACCUUCUGCCCGGGAAAUAGUAGAGAGCAAUCUAUACCAUAUUGUUUGUCCGUGGGAUUUGCAUUUUAUAAUUAGGUAUAAUUCAUUCUCUCAUUUCUCUCCAUUAGAUUGUAAGCUUCCAUUUUAAUUGAUAAACGUAAGGGUAUGUUUUAGGAACAUAAAUACAUGAGGAAAUUGCAAUCCUAUUUAAUUUUUUAUUUUAUUUUUUGGUAAA